AAGGGAGGCUGUGUGGUCCUGAUUGCUGGUCAGCAUUCUCUGGCUGGCGUCUGACCUGACCAGGAAGGCGUCCCUCACGUAGCUGGAGGCCCCUCAAAUGCCAUCUAUUUGUGGCCUGGACCCUGACUGCUGGCAGGAGCCAUGUGACCACAGGGACGAGGUAUUUUUGGCAGUGGGGGUGGGGCCUGCGUGGGAGCCCAGCACCAUGCCCCUCUGGGACAGGCAGCUCGGACGCCUAGCUCCGCUGCCCCGGCUGGCUGCGGGGUCCCAGGACAGAGAUGAAGAGCCAGCCCCGGGGCCAGGGAGGCCGGGGUGCCCCAGGGGGCGGGUGGCAGUGUGUGCUGGCCAGUGCCCGGGGCCUGGGUCCGUGAAGACAACCCGCUCUGCUGCUCAAGUGCCUCUGCUGACCCGAAAUGGAAAACUUCCAGUACAGCGUCCAGCUGAGUGACCAGGAUUGGGCUGAGUUCUCGGCCACUGCCGAAGAGUGUGGCCUCCUGCAGGCCGGCCUGGCCUCUGGGGACGAGCUCUUGUCGAGUGACAUUGACCAAGGGGACAGCAGUGGCAGCAGUCCCCCUGGGCCCCCGCCCCUUCUCCAGGGGCAGCCGGCUUCCAGGGAGAGGGGCUGGCCUAGCCUUGAGGAGGAGGACAAAGCGGCCACUCGGCAGCUGGUCAGCAGGUCUUGGCGUGAGCCCGUCUUGGCGCUGGGGGCCGGUCAGCAGACAGCCAGCACGUCUCCAAAGUCAGACGCUCGGCUGUCCCUCAGCUCUGAUGCCGCCCCUCCUGGCCAGAGCUCAGCCCUCCCAGGGCCACUGUCGUCCAGAGAGGAGAUGCAGAGGCUUCUGCAAGGGCCAGCGCCCCGGGGCCCUGCCCCUGGUCCCCCUGGUGAGCCUCCUCAGAGCCCGGAGUCUCCUGGCCCCAGCGCUGCCCCUCAGAGGCCUCCUGGCAGCCCUGGAGCCCUGCCACGCAGCUCCAGCCGAAAGAAGAGGCGCCCUGCAGGUGCCAAGGGGGGCGGGCGCUCGGGUGCCCCCGGCUGUGCCCCCACCCAGCUGGGCUGCCCACUGCUCAUGGAGGCCAGGCCCGAUGAGGGACUUGGCCCAGCUGGGUCCAGGGGGAAGGGUCUCUUAGCUGGGACAGCAGAGCAGACAGCAGGGGCCAGGCAGGAUAAAUGGAGGCCAGAGUCUGCAGGAGCCCCUGAGCAGGCGACCAGGCAAGGGUCAGGCUUGGAUCUGUCUACACCUGUCUCUACAAAUGAGCCAGGGACAGACCUGCUCAGCAUGAGCCCCAGAGCUGAGGUACAAACUGUGUCCACAUCUGCCCAGGAGGCUCGUCCAGAUGUCUCAAUAGUUAAGUCAGAUGUGGCUCUGUCUACACCUGCCUCCAAGCCUCAAGCUGACCCAACUCUGUCUACACCUGCCUCCAAGCCUCAAGCUGACGCAACUCUGUGUACAUCUGCCUCCAAGCCUCAACCCAACACGCUUCUGUGUACACCAGCAUCCAAACCUCAACUCGACAUGCCUCUGUCUAUACCUGCCUCCAAGCCUAGACUGGAUGUGGACCUGCCUACACCAGGUCCAGUGGUCAAGCCGGAAGUGGAUUCAUCUACACCUGUCUCAAAGGCUAUACCAUGCACAGCUCUGCCUCACCUUAUGUCCAAGGCCCAGUCUAAUGUGGGUGUGUCUACACCUGCUCCCCUUCCCCAGGCUGAGCCUGACAUAGUGGAGGUUGCCCCAGCGUCUGAGCUGGGUUUGAGCCCCACUGUGUCUCCAGCAGGGCAGCGAGAGAAGCCCAGAGGGGAGCCUUCAGCAGGUGCCCCUGGACACCACUCAGGGGAGCCUCCCGUAGGCGCCAUCCAAACCCCCAAGAAGAAGAAAGUGCGAUUCUCCAUGGCUGUGCCCAGUCCCUCCAAGGAGCCAGGGUCAGGAGAGGCCUUGGGCCCACCCUCACCAGCCACGGCCCGGCCCUCAGCCCCGAGGGCAGCAGCUGGGGGCCGCGGGGGGCCUGGAGCCUGGGACGCCAUGGCGGUUGGGCCCCGGCCCCUCCAGCCUCGAAUCCUGAAGCACCUGCCUCCCCCCGUCCCCUCUGCCUUGGAGCGGCCCGAGCCCAGGAGCUGCUUUGCAGUGACCCUCCCAGAAGCCUAUGAGUUCUUUUUCUGUGACACGAUUGAGGAGGAGGACGAAGAUAGUGAGGAGGCAGCAGAGGCUGGCCACACCCCAGCUGAAGUCCAGUGGCCAGACGUGUGCGAGUUCUUCUUCCAGGACUCGCAAGCCCAGAGGUCAGGGCACCAGGGGGGCCGCUCCCUGGCCCCACUCCCUCAAGCCAAGCCUGUGCCAGCCCCUCCUGGAGACCCCAUGCCCAUCUCCAUCCCCGAGGCCUAUGAACACUUCCUUGGGGAGGACAGGGGAGUGGGCAUGCUGGGACCGGCUGCCCUUCUCCAGCUGCAGGCCACGGAGAACCCCAGGUCGGUCCCCCGUGGAGUGGGCCCUGGCACCCCACCAGAGGCCUGCCCAGCCACAGCAGAGCAGCUCAGCCUGGCGGUCAGGCAAGCAGGGAAGCCCCGGGGUCCCCUCACCUCGUUCACCUUCAGCCAGAACGACAUGUGCCUAGUGUUUGUGGCCUUUGCCACCUGGGCUGUGAGAACAUCGGAUCUGCACACCCCAGAUGCCUGGAAAACAGCCUUGCUGGCCAACAUUGGCACCAUCUCUGCCAUCCGAUACUUCCGCCGGCAGGUGGGGCGGGGACGCCGCAGCCCCAGCCGCAGCCGCAGCCCCAGCCCCUAGGACCCAGGCGUGGCCCAGGAAGACGCAGGACCAGGAAACUGCCACAGGUGCUCAGGACAGGCACUGCCCUCAGGCCUUGCCCUUGACCUCUGUGUUCUACGGCGUCUUGGAAGGAGCCAGUGUCCUUGGUCCUGGCUCCCUUGGACUCUACCCAAGGCUCCAGCCAGUGGCCGAGGCUGUACUCCACACGUGGGAGGGGGAGGUUCUGGCAGGCUGGGUGGGAAGGGGCCGAGCAGGGAGUUGGUUAGUAUGGUGGCCAGGUUAGCAAAUCAGAAGGUAGGGUGUCCAGUGACGCGUGACUUUCAGAUGUAGUAUCUGAGCCGUACUUACACUAAGAUAGUAUUUGUGGUUUAUCUGAAACCAAAUUUAACAGGGCACCCUGUAUUUUACUUGCUUACCUAGUUAGGGGGUGAGGGCAGGAUAGGGCACUGGAAAUUAGGGGGUCAAAGCAGGAGCAAGACCCCUGCUGGAGACCUAGGCAGAGGCAAGGGUGACGAGGCUGGGUGGCCUCGAGGCUGGGGGGUCCCAGGGACUCCCUGCCCUGUUUACAAGUGGGCUGGACUGGUGAGGGCUUCCUAGGCCUCUCUGCCACCUGAGCCCCAAGGGCCUGUGGCCAAGGCCUCCUUGGCUCCUGCCUGAGACAGUGAGCAGGUGCCUACAGGGACCUGUAGGAAGGAGCCCCAGAGGCCCCUGCAGGGUGGGGGUCUGUAGGGCAGAGCCUGGACAAGGUGCAGAAGCAGAAGGCAGUGGUGUCAGGUGGAGGGACUGGACCUGGGAUUGUCCCGGGGCUGAGAGGAGCCAGAGAUGUGGUAGGUAGGUGGGCGGGGGGCCAGCGGUGGCAGAGCAAUGGGGGCGCUGGGUGGGUGAGCACGGGGUCCCCAGGACGACGGGAGACUCCAGGCUGCUGAGUGGAGAACGUGUGGACAGAGCACCAAUAAAUCGCCUUUUCUUUCUUGUU